ACAAAAGAUGCCAAUAACAAGUCACCGUGUCCAGAAAUCACCAGUUGAUGUAGGGAACAAAAGUGGUAAUCAAGCCGUUGAACAAGUACGAGAUAAUACAUCAUCUCUGCCGAAGGUCAAUCUCAGUGUCGGUGCUGUUAAACCGAUCAAAACUGUAAAUACAAAGGAACGUGAAAUUCCGCUCAGUACCAGUAAACAACCAAGGAAAAGAAUAGUGUUCUCUGAAGACAAUGACCCGCCCACCAAAUAUGCCGUAGUAAGUUCGAAAAAGACACCAAUAAGUGAGGUACAGACACCGAAAUUUAAUCAGGUUAGACCUGUGAAUGGCUCUGAUAACUCAAAAAAAGCAGAAACAAUCAAUCAUCAGUUUUUGAUACCAAAGCUGAUACAAAGGAAAUCAGCAACAGAAAGUACUUUUCAAUCUUCCUCCUAUGAAUCAAGAGAGAUUGAAGACGAUGUCACUUCUGUCCUAUCACUUGAUGUCAAUCCUACAUUGCUGCAUGAACUAGAUAUCUCUGAAGAUGAACCCAAGAAAACUACUACUACUCCUAAUAGUACAGUGGGGAGGAGCUAUUUAGGAGGCACAUUUAGGAGGCAACCGAUAACAUUCACUUCAAAACAUAAACGUGUAGAUAAAUUUGACAUACGUGAUAAUUAUGACAAAGACGAUUCUGAUGAUGAAAUAGAAAUGGAAUCAAGUACAAGAAUUGAAACGGAUAAAGAUCAGCAAAAUGAACCUGAAAAAUCUGAAGAAAGAAGUUACCAGUCAGACUCAUCUAAUGUUCAAAAUUGGAUGAGUACUUACGUUGAGCCGAAAAUGGCCAACUGGCCAAUAACAAACAACACUGAUAGUGUAUCCUCCUUGGAAGGAACUGUAUUUGAUAACUACUGUAUAACAUAUUUAAGAUCUUCUGUUGACAAAAAAAACCAUCUGUGUGGCAAAUUGCAUGAGAUACCAAUAUCUUUACGACAGAACCAAACAUUUGUCAAUGUAGAAAAAAUUGAUGAUUCUGUCAAGAUUAUAAUGAAAGAAGGAUUCACUAAACCACCUCUGAGACUAAUAACCGACAUUGUGUACUUUUGUUCGGUGAACUCAAAAUUGGAGACUCUAAUUCAGCUUGGUGACGCUUUGAGAGCGGUUGUUGAAAUAAAUAGAAGUGACAAAGAAAUUUGUAUAAAUUAUUGGACACACUUUAUCAAAAACUCUUUAACAGUUACACCACAUGAAAAUAGAAGAAAAAGAGAAAUGGUUUUAAGUACGGCAAUGAAAAGGAUAUUUUUAAAGAAUGCUAAUACCAGACCAGAAGCAGGUAUUGAUGUAGCUCUUGAAAGUCUUGCAGUACUGUCCUCCACCCAAGAACUGAAACUUCUAACUCUUGUAGACUUUUUAAGGUUUUCACAGUUUUCCACUAGAGAUUACCCCUUGACUUUUAAAGCUGCAGUUAUAAAACAGCUAGUAGAUAAAAUCCCCAAAAGUUUCUUGGGGCAACAUAUGGAUCCAAACAGCGUUUUGCCCAGGUUUUGUUAUAAGGUGUUCAAAACACUUUUUGAUGAAAACGACAAAGCCUCUAAUCAAAUUUUGUAUGACGAGAAUCCCAAACUGGUCGAAGACUUUCUUAAUUUCUUUGACAGCUCAUCGUCAUUAAAUCGUCCGGUCAGCAAGGUUUGGUUGGAUUACUUCAGAAAAAGUAGCGGGUCGUACGAAGAGUUAAACGGAGGCCAGCCGAGUCAUAUGCAGCUGUCCAACGCCGUUAUGAUAGAAAAGUCUCGAUUGUCAGAUAAAAUCCUCAAAACCAUAGUGGAAGUGCCAUUUGUACCAGAAAAACUAGCCAGAACACUGGCCAGUUGUAAAUUGGAGGAUAUCCACACAAGUAAAAUAUUCAAUGCCUUUCAAGCGACUGGAGAUGGAUUGAAGCGGUUCAGAGACACAAUUGUAUUGUGUUCCUCAAAUAUAAUAAAAGAGUCCUUAAAUGAUCUCACCAUCACCUUCAUGUCGAUGAAGGCCGAAGAAAACUUGUGGGAAGAGGCUUACAAUUUAUAUCUGCUGCUUCAAAAUCCUAAUCCAAACAUUGCCAAGGAUUUCUCCAACCAUAGGAGAACACCUGCAACGAUAUUAUUUUUGAUGAUCCAAGUAUGCCUGAUGGCUAACAAAUUAGACAGUGCUGUAAGAUUAUUCACUGCCUAUGGAUUAUGUUACGUAGAUGUAAAUAAGUGGAAAGUGUUACCAUCUCCUGAUGAUAAGAUCUUAUGGGCAAGAUUGUGUAGUGAUCUUCAAAGACCCUUGAACAACACUUCAAUCAGCUCUGAAAAUGCUGUGUGGUUGUUCAAGCAAAUUGUUUCUAGUCAAGAAUCCCUAAAACAGCCCAUUGAUAUCACAACUCUUUUGGAAACUUCAAUCUCUAAACUCGUAUUUGAGAACAAACCAAGUGAGGUAAUCAGUUUGGUAGAAAUCGUUUUUGAGAAGGGACUUUUCAACGAAUUCAAAAUGGCCGACAAUAAUUUGUACAGAGUACUUGUUAUCUGGCUUCAGCGGUCUAAUAAGACAUAUAUCGCAAGAAAAGUUAUGUUGAAAUACAAAUCCCGUGUGUCAGUGUAUCCAAGCAACAUCCAUCAACAACCAAAGGAGCUUCUGAUCUGUACCAGUCUCACAAACGAGGAAAUUUUUAUAAUUUUACAUUUCGUUUUGACACUGGCUGAUAGUCCUAAUUCAAACAUAAGGAUAACAUUUAAGGAAACAGAACUGCCACCCGAGAUGAAGAACUACAUUAAAGAGUUGGAUUGUAGCAUUCCGGGAACCAUGGAUAGGUUGAAGGUGCAGCUGAAAAAAAUUGUCCCAAAUGCAGGAAUGUAUGGAAUUACGGCGAAUUCUUUAGUCAUUGACAAGAUUACACUCCUUCAGUGAGCAUUUCUUAUAGAUUAUUGGGACCUGAUGUGAGAGAAGCCACCCACCCAGAGGUUAUAGUCUUUUAUAAGUAUUUUACACAAAGUAGAUCUGUACUGCCUGUGCAUUAUAACUGAGGUUACAGCCAAUGUCAUGACUGUACAGACGUUUAGUCCUGACCUUGUCAAUUGUAUGACAAAUAUAAUAUUUAUGUGGUAGUAUAAAUUGUAUAAAUUUGUAUAAAUUGUAAUUCAAUGUACAUUUUAAGGUAAACAAUUCUUAAAAUGUUGAAUAAAUAUACACAGAUAGUCCAAUAAAUAGUUUUAAAUUAUUUCAAAGUACCUAUCAGAUUAAAUAUUCAACAAAAAUAAGCUGUAACUACUGGCAUUGAGUUUUUACAAGAUGGUGGUAGUAGUUUAUUGUCUGUACACCACCUCGCAGAGUCCUGUCUGUCUUACCUCAGUUCUAAUGUGUGGAUUACGUCACAAAGUGGUAAAACUGUACAAUAUUUGUACAUGUAUAUAUAUUUAGUAGUCUAGAUUUAUACGAUUUUAUCAUUUUUCUUUGUGAACUUGUAAAUAAAUGUUACUUUUUA